AUGUCGUUUGUGUUCGAAUGGGACAAGCUCGAUGACGAAGUCGCCCUGCAGAUCGAGGGAAUGAUCCACGCCCACUUUCAACGCAUCCCAAAACCAGCCUUCAUGGGCAACAUCGCCGUCUCAAAGUUCCGCUUCGGGUCAACACCACCCAAUAUCACUGUCCUAGACGUAACGGAUCCCUUGGAGGAGUGGUACGUCCACAUGGACCAGGAAGAGGCCCGGCUCGCUCAGGAGGCAGCUGAGGGCGGGGGAGGCGAGAGCAUGGACGAGGACGAGCUUGCGAGUGGGGAGGAGUAUGAUGACAAGUACUCGUAUUCGGAAGAUGGGAGCAUUGUCAUGGUUGGCGAAGGGGAUGACAUUGAGUACUUGCGGUCUGGAUCUUAUGAAGAGGACGAGCAGCUCGAGACGGAGGCGUGGAUGCGUCGGUCGCAGCGCCAGGAGGGAUCGGGAUCUGAUCACGAGUACUAUACAUCGACACGGGAUCACAACCAGCACUUCAAGUCUGCACUGGCGAGUCCGACUAGGAUAUCACCUUCGUCUUCAGCGUCGUCAUCGGGUUCUGGUCAGUCGCGCCGUCCUUCAGCUGCUCGUGACCAUCCACCAUUGGCGGGGAAUCGGUAUCACGGCGACAACAAGGAAAUCAAUGCCCCAUCAACGACGACCAAUCGCAGCAAUCGCAACCCAAAGCUGGGCAUCGACACCAGUCUCGGUUCGCCAGGACACGCUCGCUACUCUUCUUCAACACAACAUAACCCCAUCUCGACCAAGAAGCCAGCGACAACCCACAGCUUGAGCUCUCAUGCAUCGGAUGACGAAAUCGAGAGCGAGGCAUUUCAUACCCAGGGCGAGUCGACCAUCUACCAGCGCAUGAAGAAUCUGGUCCUUGAGCCCUCUAGUUUCUUGUCUUCAAGACCUGCCUCGGUUGAAGGAGAAUCGUCGGACGACCAACCUCAGCCAAAACCAGCAAUCACGCAACAGACAACAUUUGGCGCUCCAUUGUUCCCAACAACUCCGGGAGGGCCUAACGGGAAUACCAACAACGGACUUGGAUUCGGAUUCAAUGCAGGCAUAGGAUCGAGUCCGGGGUCUGUCAUAUCCUCUGUCAUGCAGACUCGUUCAAAUACUCGACCACUGUCAUCUGCUUCAUUUUAUAGCACACCUCCCGCGGCAGCAACAGCAGCUGGAGCAGCUACUUCUCACGCCUCUACAGCUCAACACCCUCAACUUUACUUUCCUGAUCUCUCAGGAAUGUUUGUCUCUGGAAACUCAUUGUUGGGAUUACGGGCAGGAACUCCUUCAAGGACGAUACCCAGCACUCCCCGAGGGUUCGAGUCACCCACAUUGGCGUUCUCGCGACGACAGAGUUUCUCGGACAAUGGCAGCGAUGAUCCUGCAGUGAAUUCGACAAGUAGUCGGUACUCGGCGCCUAUCCCAAUACCAUCUCAGAAUGGACUUGACCACCACCACCAACAAACAACCGAGUACAUGUCACCAGUGGAAGCGCUGAGCUUUGACGCGUUUUCUCGGCAACCCAAGGUGGUCGAGCGGUUGAAGGAUGAAAAUGGCGCCCAUCCUCCUCGUUCUCGGUCGGCGCAAUCGUACAAUGGAAACCAUCAGUCACAGCGCCAGGCCAAUCCUCGUAGUCGACCUGACCGAGGAGAACAACAACGCCAGGCUGACGGAAGGAGGCGAAGGAAGCGGGAUCAGGAUGAUGGUUAUCGCCGAGCAGGACCUAGAAAUCAACCUUCAUACCCUCCUUCACCCAUCCCAGUGUCCAAGCGUCACGAGAACGACAUUCAAAUGUUACUCUCUGUUCAUUACCAAGGCCAGAUGGGGUUCACUGUGGAAACAGAGCUACUUCUCAACUAUCCGACCUACGCCUUUUUGACAUUGCCAGUCAAACUGGUUAUCACCGGAUUCUCACUCAAGACCAAGAUGCUGAUGGGAUACCUUCGGGACCAUGUCAAUGUUAGUUUCUUGGAGCCAGAGGACCCUAAUGAAAGCAUCCUGUCCAAUGUCAGGAUCGAGUCUCAAGUUGGCGAUGAACAAAAGCAAGGCAAGGUUGAACGAUUUGUGGUGGAGCAACUCCGAAAGUUCAUCACGGAGGAUUUUGUCUACCCAAGCUACCACUCUGUCGAACUAGUACGUGCCCCUGCACCGGCGCCGCCACCAACAGCAGCAGCCGCAGCACAGCCUACAGACGCCGCCGCAAGGUCGGCACAGACUUUGAAUACAGUUGGGUCUGCUGGCCAUGAUCGAUCGUCGUCAUCAAAUGACAAGGCUCAGAGCGAGGAAUUGGAGGACGGAGAGAAGGAGGAAGAGGAAGAGGAGGAGUUGUCGGUUCUCGCGGCUCUGCAGGGUCAACAACCACAACUGCUAGUCUACAUGAGGCUUCGUCGCUUCGAACUCGACCACGAGCCGCUUCAACUUACAGUCUGUUGA